CAAAAAAAAACACUGGAUGUCAUAUUUGGUUGAAAAACAGUGCUUGCUAAAAGAAUCAAACCAUUUCAAAGGAAAGUGAAUCUCACGCCUCGAAUCCAACGCUUGUUUUGCAUUGAAAAAACAGAAAUCACCAGUUGCAUAUCUAGUUUGGACUUGUUUUUUUAAUCACAGCUUCUAUCUUAUUCACUACUGCCAACAUUCUCAGGACCUGGCGGAGCACCUGGUGGUCCACGGGCAUUGCCUGAGCUCCGCGGAUCACAGCGAGCUGAGCAGCCUCUUCAACCUGGGCCAGGAGAGCUCCCGCUGGGCGAUGGACCGCCGCGCGGCGCUGGCCAUGGCCAACCUGGAGAUCCCCCGAAGCUGGAACGUGCUGGGGAGCCGCGGCGGAGACGGUGAGGAUGGGAAUAUUCCAUCACGCUGGGCAGGUGUGUUAAUAAGAAGCACAUCUGGAUUUUAUUUAAUUUUUUUCAAUAUCGGUGAGCAUUUUAGAAAUGUGAUAAAAGGAAGGUUUAGGAAGCUUUGUAUUUGAAAGACAUUGCUUUCACAGGGCAGAUGCAGGGAGGGAAGUAGAGAGAUCUACUCUUCACCCCCCCCCCAUUUUUUUUCCUUCACCACCAUCAUUCCCAUUUUUCCAUCUUUACUGGACUCACAUCGGAAGUGAACACGGUCACAUGUGUGCUCCUGUUGAAUUCAUCAAAACCAAUUAAGCAGCAUGUAAUGUGGUUAAUAGAGCCUUUCCUUCUGGAAGUAGCCCGAGGCAGAGCUCAAUAAAUCUGAGGGCAUGUGUGUGUGUGUGUGUGAUAUAUGUAUGUGUGUGUUCACGAGAUGCCACCAUCUGUUUCUAUGAUCCGAGUGUUUGUGUGGGGCCUCCUACACGCACACAACAAACUGGAUUUGGCAUUAACAUAGUUAAGGCCGUCUGUUUCAUCGCAGCGUCUCCUUCUAAAUGUCUGCCGUUAAUUCGAUAACGCUGCUCGUGACAUCACCGCUGAUGCUGUACGCGACCGAAUUAUACAUCUUCUUCAUCAAUAACAUUUAGUUUGGUGCGUUCAGUUGGUACGUUGGGCCUUUUUCAAAGGGACUGGAAGAACUAGAAACACUCAACCUCAUUCUGUCAACGCAGCUUGAUCGGAGCUUGGAAUCUGAGUUUCUCUCUGGUUACAGCUAUGAACAUUUUUCUAUUCACAUUUUUAUUACAGCUGGCAAACGUUUUAUCUUUUGAACCACGUCUGUACAGCUCAACAAGGCCUGCACCCUGGCGCACAAUGUUCUCGGAUAAACAUAGAAGCCGAAUUGUUAAGAACCAGAAACUCCAGUUCUCAAUCUUUUGUAGCUCAAGGCCAUCUUCUGAUUAGAAACAUUCAUAAAUUCAAAGUCCGAUAAAUUCAAAUAAAUGACAAAAAACAGAACAUUCAAAAAGAGGAGGAUAAAUAAACGGAAGUUAUGCCACUGUACCAAAACACACAUUCUGCUUACCCUCAACCAUCACUGCCUACUAUUGUGAAUCCAUAUUCAACGUAUUCAUUAUCUCACCACCCGCGUUGUAGCUUUUGUCUCCCACGUCACGUUGUCAUGAAACCUAAGUGGUCAUUUAAACUAAGCUUUGUUUGGAUUAUUAUGUUUUGUAUUCAUGUGAAUUAUCAAGCACGUUUUAGAUUUUACAUCAACAAGCUUUUAAAUGACCAAAAUGUCUUUAAAAUAUAUAAUUAGAAGCAUCCGUGCAGUUACAUGUGCAGCCCACCAGAUGGCGCUCAGAGGCGGACCAGUGGCCCAGAGGUUGCAAACAGCUGCUGUGGUUAUCGCUUGCACCAGUAUGGAGGCAUAUAUCUUUAAAUAAGUCAAACAAUACUGCUUUCAGUUUAGAUUUUAUUUUAUUGAAAUGGCUCCUUUGCGGCAAACAUCUAUUGCGAUGAAUGUACUUUUUGUUUUGUUUUUUGCAGCGUUGAAGCUGUUGAUUGUGUUUCAUAUUUGAGGCGAAGUACCGUCUCAUGAACAGACCAGCAGUCAGUGUGGACCGUAUGAAUUCCGUCUCUCUUUGCCAGUGUGUGAUCUCUGUUUUUUAAAAACCUCUCAUCCUCAUCAAUUUGGACAGCAUCCGUCUGGCCUCUUGGCUCCUCUGUGAGUUUGCCUUGAGAAACGGGGGCGCACUGCAGUCUGCUGGAUUGGCUGGUUAAACCGCUCACAGACGCUGUCAAAUUACAUACUUUAACUCAAGGAAGGAAUAGUCUAAGAUUCACUGAAUUGCUUUCGUCUCCAGAGCUCGAUUCCGAGAUGUUAUCUGGACACGGGUCUUGUUGGGUCUGCUUUGAGUGUCAGAAUAAAAGAAAAGCUGCCACCACUUUGUCUUUAUCGCCUCAAAGUGGGUCAGUGGAGCGGAGAGAUCCAGCGGGGCGGGGGAGAAUAAAUCAAUCAUUGACAUUUAGGUUAACUAUCAAAAGCAGGUUGGUAUCAAGACGACAUUCUUGCGGUGUUAGUUUCCUCCUAUUAAUCUCACGUUUCACCCACUGGCUCUCUAGUUGUACUCUCCCCUCCCCCUCCUUCCAAUCGGCAGCUGUCUUAGAUCCCUCUGCAAACCUUUUGUCUGUUAUUAUAUGUCUCUUCCCCCUGCGUUCUCCAGAGCACACCCUCAGGGAGUCGCCCCUCCACCUGGCCGUGCGGUGGGGUCUGUGUCGGCUGGCCGAGCUGCUGCUGUGUCAGCCCGGCGGUCUGAUGGCCGUGAAUCUGCCGAACGAAGAGGGGGUCACGCCGCUUCAGCUGGCGCGGACGGCGGGCCACGGCGAGCUCCUGCAGCUGCUCACACACCCACCCAACCCUCUAGCCACGCCUCCGGCUGGUCUGUCCCAGGUGUGGGUGGACCGGUCUCGUUUGCUGAGGUUCUGCCACGAUACGGGGAACCUGACUCUGACGGUCCGACAGAACCUGCGGUGGAGCUCAGAGGAGAGCCGGCACGCUGACGUCCUGCUUCUCAGGGACCGGCUCAGGGAUGAGGACUUCCUCAGAGAGAUCAAAGCUCUGAGGAGGGACAGCGUGGCGACCAUCUCAGGGAAGGAAGAGCUGGUGGACGAUCCCACAGAGAACGCACUGUAUUCUGAUGUCGGCGAAGCCGCCGCGGAGGAAACGGUGAGUAUCUGAAAUGACGACGGUCGAGCAUCUCCUCUUCAGAAACACGACAGGAAAUCUAUUCCUGCUUCUCGUACCGCACAGUCAUCGGUCCUGGUGGCUGCACUUUGAACUGUUUCGCAACAACAGGCGUCGCUUGAAAGAACAACAACACAAAAAAGAAGAAAUCUUGCAUAUAGAAUUUCUUGAUUUGUAAAACUCAGUGUGUUUUUUCCAACGCCUGUGCACAUGAUCCCAAUCAUCCAAUAGGCGCAGAUGGCUACCUUGCCAUCUGACACACGUACACACUCGCUGCUCUUCUAGGUUCUCUGCUCUGUUCUCCUCAGGACUACGAGGAGGCGCUGAUGUUUUGCCUAAACGAAGAGGAGGAGGAGCCAUCGCAGUUGGACUGCG